AUGAGAAACUUUCAGAAUGUACAACCACAGUACUUUACCAUCAUACUCAGCAUAAGACAUUGCCAUCAACAUCAGCAUCAACGAAACAAUAUCAAUAAUGGCAAACCGAAAUUUCCGCAUUGUUGUUGCCGCAGUUUUUGGCUCAAGUUACAAAGCUUUUCAAACAAUACUUUUGUUAGUCUAAUUUCAGUGUUUUUACAUCAACAAAAUUCCUCGACUGAGAAAUUUACUCAAAUCGUAUUCAUGAAAGGAUUGAAACCAACCCACAAGCUCAAGUGA